CAGCUGAAUUUGCCAGAUAACCUCAGUAGCUUGAAACCACUCGGAUUAAAGCUGAACAAUUCUCCCGAGCUGGCCAGGUGGAUCGAGAGACAACUGAAUCGUCCUCCGACCGGAAAAACCAGGGCUUCCGAUAAGCCGAAACCUGUCAUCACUCCCGCAAGUAUGCUCAAGAUCGGUUCUUGGGAGAGAGUUGCGAAGAAUACGAGUGAUCUGACGACCAAGUGUUACUUCGCGAAGAGGAAACUGGUCUGGGAGAUAUUGGAAGGAGGGUUGAAGAGGAAGAUGGAAAUGCAGUGGUCUGAUAUCAUCGCCAUUGACGCCUGUAUUCGUGAAAAGGAGCCUGGAGUUCUUCGUAUCGAGUUGAAUCAGUGUCCAAGUUUCUUUCAAGAAAAGGACCCGCAGCCGAGAAAGCACACAAUCUGGAUGCCGACAUCGGAUUUCACAGGCGGCCAAGCUUCGAAAUGCAGGAGGCAUGAAAUAGUGUUUUCACCAGGGAACCUAGACAAGCCAUACAAGAGUCUUCUACAAGCCGACCAAAACCUCUCUGAACUAAGCAGUAAGCCAUUCCCCAGUCUCGAAGAUCCUUACUUCCCAUCUCUGUAUCCCGAUUUCAACCCGACCCCCAACUCGGUUACGAACCCAAAUCCUCAGCAGCAGUUCCCCCAGCUUUCCUCUCCAUCCCCAAUUCCAGGUACUAAAACAACGUAG